GGCAAUGACCAAAGAAAACACUUUAUUUAAGAGAGAAAAAAAACCAGAGCUGAGAAACCCUAACGCCGCCGUAAAGAGAGAAAAAAGCGAUUUCUGAUUUCACCUUCUCCAGUGUCCGGCGAGCCUCGUCGGUGCUGUGAGAAGGUCUUUAGUCUAUUUCUCUGUUCUGUUUAGGCUGAGAUGAGGCUUUCUAGUGUCAGAGAAGUCUUGGAUUGGGAAUUGAUUUCGAUUUCAUCCUAUGUUUUGCCUGGGUUUUUUCUCUAGAUCCGUAGCUUUUUCUGGUGCGCGGUGCAGGUUAUGCCGGCUCUGAUGUGGGUGGGUACUUCUUCCAUCGGAUCAGGUGAGGGAGAGCUCAGGUUCUUCGGGUGGUCGUUCGUUCUUCCUCUGUUCCUUGUCUUCGUUUUGCUGCUCUGAAGGUUCUCAGUCUCUCUUAGUUGUUAGCUGUUGUUGUCUUAAUCAAGCUCUAUGUCCUUUGCCUCUCGAUAUAAGUUCGGUUCUGCGUUUAGGUCGUCAUUUAAAGGCUCUCUUGUGGGCUUCAGAAUGAGGUUUCUUCGUGGAGGCAACUUGAGAGAGUGUUGCGGUGUUAGAGUGAGAGGUUCUUUUCGUUUUUCUGGGAAGGAGGUUCAGUUGUUAUCGGAGUUGUGGAGUUUGUUUGGUCUAAUGGUUCUGUUGGGAGAUAUCAUUCUCUAUAUUCCAGGUAGAGUUUCUCUGCUUUGGAAUUUGGUUGUGCUAUGUCUUCGACGAGGCGUUUGUUUCUUAAUUGUUUUGAUCCUGGUAAGGCCUCGCUGUUAGUCCUCGGGUCGUUAUUUUGCUCUCUUCAAAUGGUGAAGUUCCGGGGCGGGGAAGUUGUGCUGUUCCUUGGUUUGUAACCAACGGGGUUAUCCGGAUUAUUUGGUAAGGAGCUGUGGAGCUUUAGCUCAAUUGCGUGCAGUCUUUGAGUAGUUAAUUGCCAACCGUCGUCUUCUUUGGCUGUUCGGGUUGAAGAUCGUAUCUCCUGUGGCUUCUUGUGUUGAAGCAGUGUUGUGUUUGGUUCUUGAACAUGUUUCACCAGUGGAACUGUUCUAGGAGGUCUUCUUCGAACUCAAAUAAUUAGUCUUGCAUCGCUUUCUCACUCACCUCUGCUUCCGGCUCCGUUCAGCUUUUGCAUUCUUGAAGUGCUUCGUUUAGCUCCCUAUACUCUCAUUUAACUGUCUUCUUCCUUUUGUCUAGUUUAUGUCUCAGUUUCUGUAUCAAUCCUUGUAUCCGGAUGGUGUAUUUCACCUUGCCGGCUUAUGACUCCAGAUAGGUUACAGACCUUUGCUGGCUUUGUGUACUACUCUGUUUGUUUCAAGUUAAUAUUAAUCUUCUAGAUGACAAAAAAAAAAAAAAAGAGAGAAAAACAAUGGUACUUUUUUCUCCAACGUUGAUUUUAUUUUAUCCAAUUGUUACGUUUUUUGUAGCAUGUUUUUUUCCUCCAACAUUGAUUUUAUUUUAUCGAAUUGUUACGUUUUUUUGUAGCAUGUUUUUUUUAUCCGUUAAAUUCUAAUUUAUUAAAUAAAUUAUGUAUAUAAAACUAUUCAUGUUUUCAAAUGUUGUAGAAAACUUGAUGUUUUCUUAUUAUAUUUUUCUAUGUGACUGUCCACAUUGAGGCGUUUUAAAUGGGAUAUUUGUAUUUUGAUUUAUUCAACCACCAUGGCACUUAAUCAAAAUACAAUAAUCGAGUUUAUCCGAAAAAUACAAUAAUCAAGAUUCCCAACCUCUUUUUUUACAAAAAAAAAAUAUUUUCAACCUCACUCUGUGUUAUUUGACUGCAAAACAAAUAGAGCUACAAAGAUAAUCAGAAGACGUGUCUUUUUUUGUAACUUAAAGGGUUAAACCCGGAUCAUUAUGACACAAGUCUAAUCCCCGAAUGGAGAUACAGUCCACGGAUAGACCAUCUUCUGGGCAUUCAAAUGAGUCGAAAGCAAUAACUCAUAUCCGUGUGGCCGGCGGGAUUUGAACACGGGUAUGCUGACCUGACCUUGGUAUGCUUCAUUGCUUUGACAUUUUAGCAUAUUAUAUAAUAUAGUUUCUUUGUAUACACUCAGUCAAAUAUUAAAUUGUAUAGAUAGGCUUACAUGCAGAAGUGUUCAUACCUGCCUCUACGUGCUGUCGACUCCUACAAACCUCCAAGCGUUAUUAAACAUGUUUGAUUUGUAUAAACCCUAACAAUACAUUAUAAUAAAUCAUAAGCUUAUACAGUCCGAUGUACAUUAUCCGGCUUUAAUAUAAAUCUUAACAUGAUCAAUCAACUUUAAGAUAUCAAAGAACUUUAUCAAAAAUAAUAACAAAGAGAAUGGUAACGACCAUCACCACCACCACUAGUCGCAGAGUUCGGCCUCCGUCACCGGAUAUUGACCGAAGCCGGAGUAUAACCUCCUACUUGUCUUCUUGUUCAUCCUCUUCUUCCUCUUCUCCUUCCAAUUUAAGCAAACACGUGAUGAUAAGCAGAUCACAAUCCACAACAAGAUCUUCCAGACCCACCAACCCGAAAUCCAGCGACAUGAUCCCAGCUAGAAACAGCGCGUCAAGAUCUCACGAGGUGAAUAACGGUAGAACCAGCAGAGAGGCGUUUGCUCGGUACUUGGAGCAACGUGAGCGUGGCAGUCCUCGUAGUAACACUUCAUCUAAAGAUACAAAACCGGGAGCUAGCUCACGUCCAUCAGCGUGGGCAUUGUCCCCGGGGAGAGUUUCUUCAUCAAGCUCAGCUCAGGCGGCUUCAACGUGUCACACGCCGCCUGAGUCACCGGUAAGCAAGGCCAAGAUGAGAAGCGGUGGCGGUGGAGCCGUGGCAGGAGUUUUGAAGUACUUUAAGUCACAGAAGAAAGUAUCUCGGGUACAAGAGGAAGAGUAUCACCGGUUUAGGAUGUUACACAACAGAUUAAUUCAACUAAGGUUUAUUAACGCAAGAACAGAAGCCACUAUGGCUAACCUUAAGGUUAACGUUGAGGACCAAUUGUUUUGGGUUUGGCUUAGGAUAUACAAAACGAGGAAGUACGUAGUGGAAAAUUUAAUCGAAGUUCAAAAGCUACGUCAAGAAAUUAAACUACUUCAAGUUCUGAGCCUCCAACUGCCUUUACUCAAUGAGUGGACAAAACUGGAUGCGAAAAACUGUGAAGCGUUGAGCAAGCUAACUCGAAAACUGCACGCUUUGUCUGUUCGUUUACCCCUCCAACAUGGUGCAACGGUAGAUGUGGUAUCCAUACAUGAAGAAAUGGUCAGAGCUAUAGAAGUCAUGGAUGAGAUCGAAGACAUUUUCAUCAAGUUUCUCCCACGAGUUGAAAUAAUCCUUUACGAGAUGACAGAAUUGCUGAGCAUGUUCAAACAAGAAUUGUUAUAUUUUGAAGAGUUGGAGAAGAGCCUUUUCCUUGGUCCUGUAUUUGCGGCGAAGGAGAGUAGCUUAAAGGUUCAUUUAAUCCAGAAGACUGACGAACAGAGAGAACAUUUGAAACAUUGCUGA